AUGCAUCAAAAGAAUGAACCUUCCUGGUUUGGUGUUGAUUACCCCACCUGGACCGUCACAUCAAAUUGCCUAGUUAUGCAAUCGAAACUAUCACGUUUCGUUGUCCGGACGAUUCCCAAAAUUGGAACUUUGGUUCUGUCUGCUAUUACUGUGGCCUACUUGUGGAAUUACAUGCAAAUAAAAACACAGCUUAAAAAACAACGUACGAGCAUCGAUGAGCCCAUGAUUGUAGAGUUUUACAAACAAGUGGAAAAGGAGUCAUCUGGUUGGAAAAACAAAAGAGUUCCUCGCUCCUGGGAGGAAUCAGAUGAAAAAUAA